AUGUCCCAUCCCACCAAUCAAGGAGAUGCUGACGCUCUCAAUCCGACACAACGCCCUGCCUCGCCGGCCAAGCGAUCUGCUGCCACCAUGGAAGGCAUUGACUCCGCUCAAGAAGACACCACGUUGAAUACACCAGCAGAUGCGCCUCCGUCGUACGAUGCCCACCAACACGACGCCAGUCCGGCGGCCACACCGAGCAUCGAGGAGCAGGUUGCGCACAUUCAGUCCCUACUCAACACACCCCUAGAAGACGGUUCGAAAGGUUUCAUUGUCGCUUCCAAAUGGUUCAAUCGAGUGGUGGCUAGAACAGAAGGCGCCAAACAGAAAGACUUCGAUGCCGAAAUGUUGCAAGGAGAGAUUGGCAAGAUCGACAACUCUUCCGUUGUUACUGCUGGUAAGUGCAUUGCUGCCNNACCAUGGCAGGUCAUGGCUGAAGUUGGAACAAUAGGUGCAUUCGAAAACCCUCUCGCUUUCCCAGGCAAGCCUGAUCAGCAGUUUAUCCCUCUGCGCGCCGACGUAGAAAGAAUCGCCGACUACGAGAUAUUCACCGAGGAAGCAUGGCGUCAAGUCGUCGCGUGGUAUGGCACCAUCGACGGGCAGAAGCCCAUCAUACGUAUUGCACACAACUCGGCACCUGAGGGCUCAACAUCGGCUCACAUUGUCUAUGACCUGAGUCCGCCGGUCUUCGCUGUACGCAAAGUACCAAGUACCCACCAAACUACCCAAGGCGAUGCCGCUGCUGUCAAAUUGGUCGCCUCGCGAACUGAGCGCUUCCAAAGCUUCCUGGCCCGUGCAAAGGAAGCUGCUGGUAUNCCCUUGCAGCACAAGGUCAAGAUCUUCAGGCAGCUGGACCCUACAAAGGUUUCUGGCGCCAUGCCCAACAUUUCUCAACCAGGCAUUCCGAGCCCUCCGACCUCGAGGAAUCCUUCACCAUCCCCUUCCGCUUCUUCGAAACUUGUCAUUGAGAGCUCAGUUUUUGCCAAAUGGACAGAAGGAACCAACUUCGAGUCUGUUGAUGGCCAGGACCACACUGCAAAUGAGAAGUAUAAUGGAAAACUGGAUCUGGAGACACUUGGCUUGAUUUCGGAUCAGACUCUGAUUCUGGAGGAGCAGCAACGAGGAGCAGAGUUUGCUUCGGACGUGGCCAAGAANGGGAAGAAGAACAACUCUCAGCUCUCUUUAUCGGAGAGUGCCAAUAAACGUACCAGUCCUGCUCCUACAGCUCCCGUCACACGAGGACGUACCCGCAAGGAUGGCAGAACCCGUGGUACAAUUGGUCUGACUAACCUCGGCAAUACGUGCUAUAUGAAUUCGGCUCUGCAAUGCAUAAGUAGAGUUGAGGAGCUGGCCGUCUACUUCCUUCACCAGAAGCACAAGCCUGAGAUUAAUGCUGACAACCCGCUUGGUUACAACGGCAAAAUCGCGAAUGCCUACGCCAACUUCCUGGCUGGGCUCUAUAGUGACAGUGCCACUUCUGCCUACCGACCUGGUGGCUUCAAGGGCGCUCUCUCUAUGGCACAGCCCAUGUUCUCAGGAUAUGGCCAGCAAGACUCGCAGGAGUUUUUGAGUUUCCUCGUCGAUGCUCUGCACGAAGACCUCAACCGCAUUCAGAAGAAGCCAUACAUUGAGAACCCGGAUUCAGACGACAAGACUGUCCAUGAUCCUGAGGCUAUCAGGCACCUCGGUGAUACAUACAGAGCGAAUCACCAUGCCCGCAACGACUCUAUCGCUAUGGAUCUCUUCAAUGGCUUCUACAAGAACACCAUGGUCUGUCCUGACUGUGACAAAGUCAGUGUGACCUUUGAUCCUUAUUCUCUUCUUACUCUCCAACUGCCGAUUGAGAACACCUGGCAGGCAAAGAUCAUGUUCAUGCCCGUCACUGGAUACCCUUUCGCUUUCGAGAUUGAUGUUGAGAAGAACAUAUCUAUUAGGGCACUCAAGGACAUCUUUGUUGGUAAAAUCGGUCGUGGACUUACCCGUGAGAGGCUCAUCUUUGCCGAAAUGUUUAGCCACCGUUUCUACAAGAUUGGAUACGACAGUCAAACUCUGUCGGAGCUUGAGUUCUCAAACAAUGAUGUUCUCUGUAUGUAUGAGCUCCCAGAGGUCCCGACAAAUGCGGCCUUCAUGCCGAAGAAACAGUCGACUUAUCGUUCCUUCUACCACGAUGCGCCUGAGAACACUCUGCCAGGAAUGGACUCGCCUCUUGCAGAGACUAUGGCGGUACCUGUCUUUCAUUCUAAAUUAGACAAACGCUCGUCAGGCCUCGUCCUCAAUCCAACUCUGGUGACUAUCACAAGAGAAGAGGCCAAGGACUACGAUGCAAUCCUGAGAAAGGUGCUUGCUUCGGUUGCGACAAUGACCACAAAGCAUAUCCUCGAGAAUUCGAACAAGCAAGACCAAGACAGUUCGACACAAGAUGUCCAGCAGGAUGUUGAUGUUCCUAUGCGCGACGGUAGUCAAACGCCCUCAGCACAAUUGUCAGAAGCCCUGCAGUCUGCCCACUCGAUCUCUCGCGACCUCAGCAACAUGUUUGAGCUCAAGUAUGUCCAAGCUACCGGCGAUAUGUUUAUGACCGGAACGAAUAGUAUCGGUAACGGUCACGUCAUGCAAACCCGUGUCCGCGCUGUCGAACGGCGUAGAGGCAGCACCACUUCGGUCACUUCGAACACCUCUGGCAGAAGCAAAGACUCUGGCUACGAUGGUCAAGGUAGAAGCUCGUCCGAAAGCGAUGAGGAUGCUGAUCCAAUGGUGGAGUCUUUCAAGGCCAACAGCCAGAACACAUUCUCUGGUGAUGUGCAGAGCGACGAGGAAUCAGGCAUGGGCUCGCUUGAACAGUUGACAGCCAAGGACAACCGCAGACGUAAGUUCCAUCAAAAACAAGCGAGGAAGACGUAUUCGCGCAAAGGCGGUCGUCCAAACAAGAAAAAUCUAGCGCGUUCUAACGUACUUCGCUCCACAGCAGCAGACGAACCAGCAGACAACAACGAGUUCUAUGUCAAACUCGGCGAAGGCAUCGUGAUAGAGUGGCAGGCAGACGCCUUCGAGUCGCUAUUUGGCGGUGGUAACGGUAAUGGCCAAUUCACAUUCAACGAGAAGGAUGUCCCUUUGGUCGAUGAUGCCGAGCUCCAAGUGAAGAGAAACAAACGUAUGCAACGCAAGAAGAACGGCAUCACUCUUGACGAUUGCUUCACCGAAACCGGCAAGACUGAGGUGUUGUCGGAGGACAACGCAUGGUACUGUGGUAGGUGCAAAGAACUUCGCCGUGCCAGUAAGACAUUGGAGCUAUGGACUGUUCCGGACAUCCUUGUCGUCCACCUCAAGCGCUUCAGUGGCGAGCGCUUCAGGCGUGACAAGGUUGAUGUCCUUGUCGACUUCCCCAUUGAAGGACUCGACUUGACCAAGAGAAUCGGGUGCAAGGAAGAAGGCAAAGAGUAUAUCUAUGACUUGUUUGCUGUCGACAACCAUUAUGGCGGUCUUGGUGGUGGACAUUACACAGCCUACGCCAAGAACUUCUAUGAUGGUAACUGGUACGAUUACAACGGUAAGAGCAAAACAUAA